GAUUACAUUAUUUGGCGUAUUUUAUUUGUAAAUUUUGUAGUGUUGGUAAAAGACCGAGCCUAUGUAUACAUAUUUGUCAAUCUCACUUUAAAUCGGUUUUAUUUUAUUCUCAUAAAGAUUACUACCUAUGAAUGUAAUUCAAAAGUGAAGACAUAGCAAAUACAAACAUUCCACCUUUUGGGAAAAUGACGAACGAUGCAAUCAGAUGAGAGUGCGGCUGCUAAAAUGCAAUAAACAACCAACUAUACAAACUAGUACUAAAGUUUCUUUUAAAUUAAAAAUAUGUUGCGAAAAUAUUUGUUUGAUUCAGGCGUUAUAUCAUUUAUUUUCGCGAUCUUCGCAAACUUAGCCAUUUUGCGAAAUAAUUUUACUGUACACUGUGCUAAAGAAAUGCUACUCCAGACGCAGUUUUCUUCAAUUGAUAUAGUUGCUCAAUUUAACUUGCCGAAUACCGCUGGAUUAGAUGCGAAGAUUACCAAUAUGUCAAGAGUAACGAAUCAUAGAAAUCGGUCCAGUGAUGAAGUUGCAAGAGACGCACAAUCAAAAAAUUAUUUCACGCACCUCAGUUUUGAUUUUAAGCAUAAUGUCUUGUUUGCUGGGGCAACAAACAAAAUAUUAAAACUUAACGAAAACUUACGUGUGCUAUCUGAAGCUAUAACUGGACCUGUGAACGAUUCGCCUCAAUGUCAUGCAGGCGGCUGUCCCGAAGACAUCGAAACUUCGCUAGUUAAUAACUACAACAAAAUCCUUGUAGUAAGCUACUCUCACGAUGGGAUUCUUAUAUCAUGUGGUAGCAUUCGUCAAGGUGCUUGCGAAAUAUAUAGUCUUCCCCGAUUUCCAACAACGCCCCAGUUUAUUGCUGUUCCAUUGGCCGCAAACGAUGAAAAUGCUUCAACAUUUGCAUUUGUGGGACCAGCAAGAUAUUCCUGGAAAGAAGACGAUAUAUUGUACGUUGGAACCACUUUUACCAACGUUGGAGAUUAUCGCCAUGAUGUCCCUGCCAUUUCAUCUCGUCGCCUUGAUGAUUUAAAUUACGCCGAGUUCUCUAUUCAACAGUCAAUUAUAAAUAUCGAUGUUAAAUACCGAGACCAUUUUUUGGUAAACUACAUUUAUGGAUUUAAUUCUUCAGACUAUGCAUACUUUAUAAUAGUUCAAAAAAAAUCCCAUUUAGCAGACGAGGCAGGCUAUGUAACACGGUUGGCUCGUAUUUGCGUCACAGAUCCUAAUUAUGACAGUUACACUGAAAUAACAAUUCAGUGUACCGCAACUGAAAGAAAUACAGACUAUAAUAUUCUACGGGAUGCAAAAGUAACCCCAGCUAGUUAUAAGCUAGCUCAGCAAAUGGGCAUAAAAAAGGAUGACCAUGUAUUAGUUACAGUUUUUUCUCCGUCAAAGGAAAUUAGCGAUCAACCGGAACGAAAAUCUGCAAUGUGUAUAUACAGUAUUAAAGAUAUAGAGGACAUGUUUAUUGAAAACAUACAUAUGUGUUUCAAUGGAACCACAAAGGAUCGUAACUUAGGAUAUAUAUCUGGCACUAUCAACGAUGGAAGAUGUCCCAUUGUUGGCUCCCUUGGAAACAUUUAUAACUUUUGUUCUGUAGGACUUAAAAUAAGCGGAGUAUCUCCAAUAACAACGCAAGCACUUUUUCAUUUUGAUAAUGUAUCAGUUACUUCAGUAACCGCGACGUCAACUACAGAUCAACAACACUCGCUGGCUUUUCUUGGAACAGAUGAAGGUGCUGUGAAAAAAGUCCUCUUGUCUGGGCAAAAUCCGGGAGAGUAUGAAGAAAUAAUCGUAGAUGCUGGUAACCGGAUAUUACCAAAUACUAUGAUGUCGCCGAAAAAAGAUUUUUUAUAUGUGUUAUCCCUACGAAAAAUUACAAAGCUAAGAAUUGAACAUUGUUCGGUUUAUACAAAUUGUUCAGCUUGCUUAGAAUCUCGUGACCCUUUUUGUGGAUGGUGUUCUUUAGAAAAGAGGUGCACCAUACGAUCUACGUGCCAACGAGAUACUUCUGCUUCGCGGUGGCUUUCGUUGGGUAGUGGACAACAAUGUAUUGACUUUGAGUCAAUUAUACCAGACAAAGUUCCAAUUACUGAACUUACGCUUUUACAUUUAAUUAUUCGGACAUUACCAGAGCCAUUUAAUGCUAAAUAUCGAUGUGUUUUCGGAAACUCCACUCCAAUUGAUGCUGAAAUUCUAGAAAAUGGGCUUGGAUGCGCCACGCCCGCACUGGACCAGAGGCCUAUUAUUCCAACUAACACUGAUCAUGUGUUAGUUCCUUUAUCCGUGCGAAGUUCGGAAACUAAUAAAGACUUUGUGUCAAGAUCAUUCGCAUUUUUUGACUGCUCACAUCAUGCAAAAUGUCGGGAAUGUGUAGUCAGUUCAUGGGGAUGUAACUGGUGCAUUUAUGACAAUAAAUGUAUGCACAAAUCUCAACAAUGCCGAAACAUGGAAAUAGCUAUUAGUACGGCAAUGCAGUGCCCCCAUUUAAAAAAAAAUAGUCAUCCAAUUCUUUUGCCUGUACGCGUUCCGAAAGAAAUUCGCCUUGAGAUAGAAAACUUGCCAAAACCAAAAAAUGCCCAUGCCGGCUUUUUAUGCACGAUUCAUAUUGAAGCUGCUCAAAUGCUUUUGCCUGCACAUAUUGAAUCUAAUAAAAUCGUAGUUUGUGAAAAAACUCCUUACUUCUAUGAGACCAAUACGCAUGAGUAUCAGGCUAAAGUAGUUGUUACAUGGAAUUUUCAACAUUAUGUGGACACGGCUAUGGUUACAUUGUAUAAAUGCGAUGUAUUAGGUUCUCACAGGGAUCACGCAGAUUGUAGCUUGUGUGUCACUCGGGAACCAAAAUACCAAUGUGCAUGGUGCGGGAAUUCUUGUGUUUACAAUGAGACCUGUAGUUCUGACAGUAGUUUUCUCAAUGCAAGGCCACCAACACUUAUAAAAAUUGAUUGUCCUUUACCUAGGAUUGAUAUUAUAAAACCUCUAUCUGGACCUAUUGAAGGAGGAACUCUUGUGACAAUUGAAGGAAGUAACUUGGGUAUUCGCGAAGAAGAUGUACGCGGAAAAAUAUUUAUUGGUUCUAUUCCAUGUCAUCUUAUAAGCUAUCAAAUAUCUGUAAAAAUUGAAUGUCAAACUGGAGCAGCAUUGUAUGAAAUGUCAGCCCCAAUUAAGGUUGCAAACGAUGCCGGAUACACUGAAUCUAGCGUACAAUUUCAUUUUAAGAAUGUACAACUUACUGGCUUGUAUCCGACUAUUGGGCCGAGGUCGGGAGGUACGCAGUUGUCUUUAAUAGGAAACUUUUUAAAUAUUGGUUCAAGUAUACGAGCCUAUUUAGAUGAGUAUGAGUGUUACGUAAACGUUUCUCAAUCUUCAUCUUCUCAAGUUAGCUGUACUACUUCUGAGGCAACACAACCAGAACCUAUUCAAUCUCUCCGUUUGUUUAUUGAUGGAGCAAAUCGUACAUUAACUUGCCAGAGUUCAGUUCAAAACAUUACCAUUCAAAAUCGACUUGUAAAUCCAUUACGAAGUGAUUUAAAUGCAUAUCAGUUCCGGACAUUCCCUCGCCACAUCUGUUCUGUUUUUAAUUACACACAGGAUCCUAGGAUAAUGCAAAUCAAACCAUUAAGGAGUUUUGUUAGUGGAGGCCGUGUACUUACUGUUCAUGGAAUGUACCUUGACUCCAUUCAAAAACCAGAAUUGGAAGUAUUUUUUGAUAAUGAGAGAAUUAAUAAAACUUCUUGCGUUGUUAUCAACUCGAAUCAAAUGGAGUGCCCUUCUCCUCCAGUAAACUUAAAAUUUUAUAGUUUUAAAAAUUUGAAUGGAAUUUUGGAUUCGGAUUUUGACAUAAGGAACUUUUCUGCAAUGGAAAAUAAUUUUCAAAAUAAAAGACGAAAAAGAAAAACUCGUUUAUUGGACGAUUUUCAUACAUACACAACAGGAAAAACGACAUCAAGAUAUUUAAGUGGCAAUAAUAUGGAUGUUACAACAUUUGUAAAAGUUCAUGAAACGCAAUUAAAUUUGCAACUUAGUUUUGUAAUGGACAAUGUGCAGCUAGUUCGGGAUUUAAACAAAUAUUUUCAUGAUAUAAGAAGUACGAUUGUUUAUUUGACUGACCCGAAAUAUUUCCAAUUUCCAAACGAUGGAAUAAAACUUUACAAGGGUGAUAGCUUAGUUAUUGAAGGCGAACUUUUAAAUUUAGCAGCAGAUGAAUACGAUGUAAAUGUUACAAUAGGUACCAUCCAAUGUAAUAUUACAAGUCUGGCAUUAACACAACUUUUGUGCAUUCCACCGGAGCAACAGCCUCCCCCAACUGACGAAAAUGGCGUAGAUCAGACAAUCGAUUUACCGUUAGUUGUUGUAAAAGUGGGUCGUAAUCUUCGUUUUGUCAUUGGACAUCUCAAAUAUGAUAUAAAUAAGCCGUUCGCCUUCUCACAUGCAUUGUUUGGUGUUAUGUUUACAAUCGCCGUUCUUGUUGUUGUUUUACUUAUUGUUUUAAUAAUUUUCCGAAGAAAGUCUACCCAGGCAGAACGUGAGUAUAAACGCAUCCAGAUACAGAUGAUUACAUUAGAAAGCAAUGUUCGUUCUGAGUGUAAACAAGCUUUUGCAGAGCUUCAAACUGAUAUGACUGACCUGACGGCAGAUCUUGAGAGCAGUGGAAUUCCAACGCUUGACCAUGUGAACUACAUAAUGAAAGUUUUCUUUCCUGGUGUGUCAGAUCAUCCCAUUUUAAACUCAGCUAAAUUUCAUGACAGUUGCCCACAUAACAACUAUGAUGCUGCUAUGGUACAAUUUGAACAACUUCUUUGCAACAAAUACUUUUUACUAAUAUUCAUAGAAACUUUGGAAGCUCAACGCUCGUCUUUUUCGAUUCGUGACCGUGUAAAUGUUGCUUCCUUACUAAUGGUUGUAUUAAUGAAUAAAAUGGAGUACGCAACAGAGAUUUUGAAGUCACUCUUACUACGGCUAAUUGACAAGUCGCUGGAAAGCAAACAUCCUCAUCUAAUGUUGCGACGUACUGAGAGUGUUGUUGAAAAAAUGUUAACCAAUUAUUUGGCCAUAUGUAUGUACGACUAUUUAAAAGAAUAUGCUGGAUCAAGUUUAUUUCUUCUGUUUAAGGCCAUAAAACAUCAAAUUGAAAAAGGGUUAGUAGAUGCCAUAACUAAUGAUGCGCGCUACUCUCUUUCGGAAGAGCGUCUUUUACAUGAGCAAGUUACUCAUUCUGUUGUAAUUUUGCAUAUCUUGCAAGAUGAUCUUGAUGAAAAAGUUCAGUGCCGCGUUAACGAUUGGGAUACGAUUUCGCAAGUGAAGCUAAAAAUACUAGAUGCUAUUUUUAAAAACACUCCGUUUUCAAUGAGACCAUCUAUAUACGAGGUUGACUUAGAAUGGAGACAUGGGCGUGGGGGUCACCUAACAUUGCAAGAUGAAGACUUAACCACAAAAACAAUAAACGGUUGGAAACGUCUUAACACAUUAGCUCACUAUGGAGUCAAAGAAUCGGCUGUAAUGUCUCUUAUUGCUAGACAAAAUGAAAGUUAUCAUAUACCCUACGGUAAGGGCCACCAUGCGGCACCAUAUCAUAAUUUUUAUUUCAUAAACAAUUCCCAAAGCCAUAUCAUUAUAAAUAACGACAUUGAGUCUGGAUUGCAGCAGCCUCGGAUUUACCAUCUGAUUAAACCUUUAAUACCUGAUCAUUAUAUGAAUAUAAAAAAUUCGACUUUAUCGGGACCGUCGGCAGCAUUGCAAACUUCGCAUUCUACAAGUUAUUGUAAUGACAGAAUAAACAAAACUAUACCUGAAGUAUACUUAACUCGUCUAUUAGCCACUAAAGGAACUAUUCAAAAAUUUGUCGACGAUUUCUUUUCAAUUGUCCUAACAGUUAAUGAGGAACUACCACCGGCGGUAAAAUGGCUUUUUGAUUUGUUGGACGAAGAAGCUUCGAGACAUGGAAUUAGCGAUUCUGAUAUUGUCCAUGCGUGGAAAUCUAACUGUUUGCCUUUAAGAUUUUGGGUUAAUUUUAUAAAAAAUCCCGACUUUAUAUUUGAUAUAAAUAAAACGUUUUCUGUGGACUCAUGUUUAAGUGUAAUUGCACAAACCUUUAUGGAUGCCUGCUCAACAUCUGAACAUAGACUUGGAAAGGAUUCGCCUUCAAACAAGUUGCUCUUUGCAAAGGAUAUUCCAAACUAUCGAAUAAUGGUAAAGAGUUUUUACCGCGAUGUUUCUCGUCUUCCGCAAAUAAGCGACCAGGAAAUGAGUACAGCCAUGCAACAACUGUCGGUAAGGCAGCUCGAAGAAUUUGAUACAAUUUCAGCUUUGAAGGAGCUAUAUAUUUAUGUAACGAAAUACAAAAAUCAAAUUAUGGAAGCUCUUAAGUCUGAUAUGAAUUGUCGAAAAAUGAACCUGUCUCAAAAAUUAGAAAACGUUGCGAGUACACUGGAUGGCGAGGAAAUUUCCAAUUGCUGACAUAAAACUUUCACUGUGACGUCAUCUCGUGGAAAGUAUUAAUAGAAGUUGAAGAUAUGCAGGUUAUAAUCGUAAUACAAAACAUAUAGACUUAAAUAAAAAAUAUUUGUGUCUUCAAUUGUAAGAUAAUAUUAUAAUUAAAAUAAAACAAUUUGUCUCAUGUAAAUUCAUAUUAUUAAGAAUAUUUAAAUAUAUUUUAAUGAUUAUUUUGUAUAUAAACAUAUAAGAAGAAUAAAUGAUUCAAGGAA